GUCAUGUUCUUGGAUCAUUCACACUCUUGAAAUCAUCACGAUGGCUUUUUAUCAAUGACAAAUCUGCCGCCAUGGAAGUUGCGUUCUGCAAACGGAGUCUGUGUUGAGUGUUUAGCUAAGGGACGGCAAGUCGUUGGUGACCAAGCGAGGCGAAAGAUGCCAUCAGUAGUAGACAACUUUUGAUGAGAUGGUCUUGUUCAUUAGCACGCAGAUAGAUUAAUUGAGAGAAUAGCAUCAUAUCCGUCCGAGUAUAAAAUGUAGAUAAGACAUGGCUUUUCUUCUAGCUCGUCAAUUCGAGCACACCGAGUCCUUGUAUAACCACAUCGGCAAAGAAAUAAGACAUAAUGGCCACCACAGUUCUCAUCACCGGAGCUAAUAGGGGUAUUGGUCGAGGUCUAUCAGAGGCGUACCUCUCACGACCCAAUCACCUUGUAUUCGCAGCAGUCCGCGACUUCAAUUCUCCAACAGUGGCGUCGCUCAAAGCGUUCCCAACCGCCGAGGGAUCGUCGGUGGCGUUCGUCAAGAUCGAGAGCACAUCCGAGACCGAUGCCGACGAUGCAGCCAAGGCCAUCCAAGAAUAUGGCGUCGACCAUCUCGACAUCGUAAUUGCGAACUCCAGUAUCUCGGGCGCGUUCUCGCGCAUUGAGGGUAUCGACAUCAAGGAUUUGCGUGCGAUGUUCGAGAACAACACGUACCCGGUUGUAGCACUGUACAAAGCCGUGUAUCCGUUCCUGAAGAAAACGGCAGAGCUUAAGGGCCCUGGAAGCCCCAAGUUCGUCGCUAUCACUACAAACGCGGCUAGUAUCCUGAAUUUGGAGGAGAACAUACCCUUCAUACUUGGUAGCUACGGCGCUAGCAAGUGCGCGGUCAACUAUCUCGUUCGCCGCGCCCAAUACGAGACCGAGUGGCUAACUGCCUUUGUCGUGAACCCGGGGUUCGCACAGACGGAUAUGGGAGCCGUCGGAGCUAAAUAUUUCGGGCUCGCUGAGGCCGUCGUCCCCGUCAAAGAUAGCGUCGCUGGUAUUAUGAAACACAUUGAUACGGCCACUCGAGAGCACUCUUCCGGUAAAUUCUUUGAUUAUAGUGGCUCAGAGAUGUUAUACUAGACACCUAGGUGGUCAGGGCCAUGUAUGAAAGGGAAGACUCCAGAGCCUGUGAGACUUUCAAUAA